UCCCUUCCAAGAAGGAUUUAACUUGCAGUAGCAACUCUCAAAGAUAAUAAAGGUCCUGCAGAGGGAAGAGGCACUGCAUAUACAGUAUAUAUAUAUAUUUUUUUUAUUAACACAUCGGAUGGUUCCCACCAAGGUAUGUCUUAGUGCACGUGUCCGAGUUGAUGUUGUGUAAAGUUAAGGAAAUCUUUGUAGGUCUCCCGGGCAGCAUUCCGGUGUACAGUGGCCCCAACACUUUCAAGAAGGAUCUUUCAUUGCUGUACUUUACAUAAGUAUUCAUAUGAAAGACACUUUUGAGACUGCCUUCUCACUACAAUUUAUUGUGGUAAAUAGUGAACUUUAUUUUGGAAGAUUAUCUUGAAACACACAAGACUAGUUAUAGAUAAAAUUACCAGUGUUUUUAUUGCCUUAUAGUUUAUAUGAAAAUUAUCCUUACUGUUAUGUAAGUGCUUUUAUUUAUGAUCUUAUAUUAAAUACUUCUCCAGUGAAACAAGUUUACACACAAAUCAUAUUUAUACUCAUUACCUAAGUGACUUAAUAUAUCAAAAUUGUAUUAGCUUUCGUAUACAAAAGAACUUUAAAUAUAAUACUAACUUAUUUAUGAGUUAAGGAAACAACACUAUAUCAAAGUUCCAUAUCUUGACUUAUAAAAAUAAUAAAUUCAGAGUUAAAAAAAAGAUUAGCGUAACUGGAAGGGUUUGUAUAAUAUCAAAGCAUGCAAAACAUGAGUGCUAGUGGAGGAAAUAAACCUUAUCAAUGUUCAGUCUGUUCAAAAGAAUUUACUAAAAAAUCAUGCCUAACAAGGCAUCUAAGAGUCCAUACGGGAGAUAAACCAUUCCAGUGUUCAAUAUGUCAUAAGGACUUUUCACAGAGCUCCCAUUUGGUGAAUCAUAUGAGAAUUCAUACAGGAGAGAAACCAUUUCAGUGUUCGAUGUGUUUGAAAGAUUUUAAACGGAAAGAGGGUUUGGUGAACCACGAGAAGGUUCACACGGGUGAGAAACCGUUCCAGUGUUUAGAGUGCCUAAAGAAUUUUCCAGACAGUGCAGGUCUGAUACAACACAUGAGGAUGCAUGUAGGAGAGAAAACAUUGCAGUGCUCAGUAUGUUCAAAAGACUUUACAUAUAAAUCAUCUCUCAUACAGCAUAUGAGAGUUCAUACAGGAGAAAAGCCAUUUCAGUGCUCAUUGUGUCCAAAAGAUUUUAAACUUAAAGCUGCUUUAGUCAAUCACAUGAGAGUUCAUACUGGGGAGAAGCCUUAUCAAUGUUCGGUAUGCUUUAAAAGUUUUAAACAAAGUUCAGCUCGAAUACUACACAUGAGAAUUCAUACAGGAGAGAGACCAUAUCAGUGUUCAGUGUGUUUGAAAGACUUUGCUCAAAAAUCUCAUUUAGUUAUACAUAUGAGAGUUCACACAGGAGAGAAACCAUACCCAUGCUCAUAUUGUUUAAAAGUUUAUUCGGAUAAAACAGAUUUGGUAAGACAUUUGAGAGUUCAUACAGGAGAUACAGCAUACUUGUGUUCAGAAUGUCCAAAAGAAUUCUCAGAUCAGCAGGCUCUGCUAAAUCAUAUGAAAGUUCAUACGGAAGAGAAACCGUACAAAUGCUCUGAAUGUGUAAAGUGCUUUGCUGACAGUAUAAGUUUAGUAAAACAUAUGAGAGGUCAUAUAUUGAAGAAACCUUAUCACUGCUCAGAGUGUCAACAAGACUUUCAAGAAAAAUCCCUUCUAAUAAAACACAUGCAACUCCAUACAGCUAAGAAACCUUAUCAGUGUUCAGUAUGUCAGAAAGAAUUUCUGUAUAAAAAAUCUCUAGAAAAACACAUGGAUGCUCAUACAGAAUAUAUAGAAUACCAGUCCUUAGAGCAUCUAAGAAACUUCAGAAAAAUAUCUAAUACAACAAAUGAGAGUUCCCAGUGUUCAGAGUAUCUAAGAAAUUUUAGGAAAGCAUCUAAUAAGCAGUUAGGAGAUGAUGCUGAAGAGGAGACCUUAUAACAUGUCAGUACCUGAGAGAGAUUUCACAUAGGCCUUAUCUAGUAUUGUUAAGUCUCAGGCUCUAGUGAAUCAGUGUGUGAUGUGGCGAAUGCCUCACUUGAUAUACAUAAUCAAGUGAAGCAGCAGCAUCCACUGACUUCCUUCCCACUGAUCUAUUUUAACAUGAAGUUCUAUUUUAGUGAAGUAGGUUUUAUUUGUUUCAAAUUAUUCUGUGAAUGCCAUCAGCUCAUUCAAAUUUUCACAAAUAAGUUUGUUGGGAGUGAAAGCCAGCAACAGUUUCAUUUGAUGGCUUCUGGGAUCACUUCUUUGAUGAGUCAGUCACUAAUAUUCACCAGAGGCAUAAGUAUGAUCACUCAUUUUAAGUUUCGUUAUUGUAAAAUGCUCUUUGCACUUGCAAGUUAUUACUCUUUGCUUGUAACUGAUCUCACCUUGAAAUGUAAAUUUUGCCUUCUAUUUUAUAAAGUUAUGAAUUCAUUUUGUUUAUAAUAAUAAUCCCUCUAAAAAAUUUUUAUAGCAGUAAAUAGUGUUUCACUUCAUUACACUGAGUAACAUUAUAGGUCCAAAGUACCGUGUAAAUCUAACAACUUCACUACUUUGCACUUCAUUGCAUUUGCUAUAUAUCAGGAGAUUUAUGUUAAUGGCUUAAGGUAUAAAAGUGUUUUGGGUCUGUGGUUAAUGGACUUUUUUUGUGUGUGUUUUUAGUCAACUCAUAUUACAAAAGAAUAUUUUAUUUACCUUAAUUAGCUUUAAAAUAGUAAUGUUGCAGGACCCUUCUAGGUUUAGUGCGUAGUCUUAUUAUGCUAUUAUUAAACUAGUAAUGUAUAUUAUAUAUUUACUUUAUUUUUCAAAAGUUUAUGUUUAUAAAACUUUCUACAUAAUAUUGGAAUAGAUGUGUUUAUUGAAAAUUUUCUUCUUAACACUUUCACUGUUGUGACCCACAAAAUUAAGUGCUGAAAGUGUCGCAUUUUUUAAAAAAUAUAUAAAUUUUUCUUCUGAUAUGGUAUAGAAUCUUUUUCUGGAGGUAAUGACACCAAAAAUUAAAAAAAAAAUUGAUGGAAAACAUAUGGAAUUAUGCAGGCACAAAGUUAUCAGUCUUGAUGCAGUUUUCACAUUGGCGAUUUUGCCCAGUUGUAUUCUAUUUUAAAUCGAUUCCAUUGUUCAAUUUGACCAGCUUCCCAGCUAUUUUGCUAGUAUGCCUUCCAGUCUAUUGAUUGAGCACAAUAAACUUCCCAUUCAACUAUCAGAACUUAUAAAUUGCAAAGAAUUUGUUAAUUUGGCCAAUUUUAUACAAAAUUCAACAAAUUCCAAUUUAAAAACAGAAUCCAAAAUAAACACUGUAUGCAUUCCAGCCUGUAAAUCUCCCAUCCUUUGUUCAUUAACCCAUUAACUGUCCAAACAUAGAUUACGUUUUUGCUCGUAGCGUUCCAUCCUUGAUUUUAUCCAUUAGAAAGCAUGUAAAAAACGUAGAUCUAUGUUCGGAGUACUACAUGAGCGAACGUCGAUCUAGGUUUGGACAGUUAACUGGUUAAUUACAUCUACAGGCCUCUUCUAUAUACAGUCUCUCCUCACUUGAUGGAAUUACGUUCCUAAGACCACAUUGGUAAAUGAAUACAUCGCUAAGCAAGGAGCAUACUAUAAUGGUAGUGGGUUUGUGCCAACCAUAUUUGAUAUU